UCGAUCAACCACGAAACGGAUCUCCAACCAUGGUGAAGGAUCGGCUAGCGGAGCUGAAAAGCAGAAGUAAGUACGCCAAUCACAAUCCGGAUGACGUCGGGCAGGGGGAGAUGCCGUUGUCCAGAUCACAAGAAGAAAUCUUCCAAAAUCUCGAAAAGUUUUCUCAACUUACUGGCUGGAUACAAACGAUACGGACCAACAUUACCGACAUGCGAAAACUGAUCGGAACAUCCAAAUUUCACUACAAUGAUAAACCCAUACGCGACCGGAUAGAGGAAAAGAUGAAGGAAAACAAUCAGCUCUGCCAGCGCAUUUACAGCUCCAUCAAGCAGCUCGAGUCGGAACUCGGCGACGAUAGCGUACACAGAACGGGCGUGUUGUUCCGGAUUAAAAACACACAGUUCUUGGUGAUCCGGGACGACUACCUGACUGCGUACCGGGAACAUGACGAGCUAGUGGCAUAUUACGAGCAUCGUAUCAUGUCGAUGAUGAAGUUGGAAGCGAAAGCAAUGAACUACAACAUCACGGACGAUGAGGCACUGGAGCAACUUACCGGCAAUCAGAGGUCACCUUUCGCAGGCAAUCUACUAGAGGAAACGGAACGAGAGCGGCAAAUACUACGUGACAUCAUGACGCGCCACAGUCAGCUGGAAGCGUUGGAAAAAUCGUUGAUGGAAGUGCGCGAUAUGUUUGUGCGCAUAUCCAGCCUGGUGAUGGAGCAGGCCAGCCUGGUGCAGGUGAUCGAGUACCACGCGCAACAGGCGACGCUCAACACGGAUCACGGUGCGCACCAGCUGCAGAAGGCUCGCGAGUACAAGAUUAAAGCGCUUAAGAAGCGCACCUGCCUGCUAAUAUGGAUCAGUACUGCGCUAGCGGUGUUGCUGUUUCUGGUCAUAAUUUUUUAA